CCGGCCACCACGCGUUCCAUCGAUCAGACCCUCUCAUACGCAGAGCGACUCGCAUCGAUCGCAAAAAUAAUAUUGUUAAUAUUGGCAAAUAUUGCAAUAUCAAUUUAAUAUCGGCAAAUAUUGCAAUAUUAAUUUAAUAUUUACGACAAUAUUCAGAAUAGAACGUUAAUGGACGUUCGAUUUACGAAAAUCGAAUAUUUGAAUUAUAUUCUGAAAAAUUAAUUCCACUUUAUUACAAAAGCUUUUUCGAAUAAAGAACUUUUAGUAUUCGAAUUUUGAAUUACGUUUAAAAACUUUUUGUGACUAUUUUAAUUCAUUCAUUAGAACUCUUGCAUACUGUGUGGUACUAAUUAAUUAAUUUUUAAUCAUUUUGGAAUUAAGAACUUUGUGUGACUGUUUUAGUUCAAAAUUGGAACUGUUUAGUGAAUACCAUUGCAGUGAAUUGUGGCAGAGAAUUUUUCGAGUAAACUGAAAUGACCCCGAUGGGACUUCUGUUCAAAGUGAACAGCGAGGGAUUGUUCACAAGUCCUGUGAAUGCUUCACCUGUCGAUUACGCCAAGAUAUACCCAGACCCGGAGUCUGAAAAGGCGAUAAUGGGUUCAGUGGUGUAUUGCAUCCAUCACAAGGAAGGAUGCCAAUGGUCGGACGAACUCCGUAAACUGAAGGCACAUCUGAACACCUGUAAGCACGACGCGGUGCUAUGCGCUGCCCAAUGCGGUGCCAUGAUCCCAAGAGUGCUGAUGCAGGACCACCUGCGCUACACCUGCCCCCGGCGCAGGGCCAACUGCGAGCAUUGUGGGAAGGAGUUCUCUGGCAGUGCUUUAGAGGAGCAUCAAGGCAACUGCGGCCACGAGCCCGUUUACUGCGAAAACAAGUGUGGUGCCAAAGUGCAGCGCAGACACACGCAGCAGCACGUGCAGCAACACUGCAGCAAGCGGCUCGUGCCGUGCAGACAUUGCGGGCAGAGGUACACACAGGACACAGUGUCCGCGCACGGGGCGAUGUGCUCGCGCGCUCCCGUGCCGUGCCCGCAGCGCUGCUCGGCCGCGCCCGCGCGCGACGAGCUGGACGCGCACCUGCGCGACCACUGCGCGGCCGGCUCCGUCCUCUGCACUUACCGCGACGCUGGAUGUCGCUUCAAGGGUACAAGGCAAGCGCUAGAAAGGCAUACAGAAGAAAGUUCACAACAACACCUUGCCCUGGUCUCCGCAUUGGCCACCCGUCAAGCGCGGCAACUGGAGUCGCUUCGAGCGGCAGUUGCGCGACUGUCGGUCAACUACACAGGCGCCUUAGUGUGGCGCAUCAGCGACUGGGCGGCCAAGAUGGCGGAGGCCAAAUGCAAAGAUGGCGUCGAGCUAACUUCACCCGCUUUUUAUACAAGUCAAUAUGGAUAUAAGUUGCAGGCGUCACUUUUCUUGAACGGCAACGGAGCAGGCGAGGCGACCCACAUGUCAGUAUACAUCAAGAUCUUACCCGGCGAGUAUGACGCCCUAUUGCGUUGGCCCUUCGCUCAUACCGUCUCUUUCACUCUCUUCGACCAAAGCUCCAGUCCAGACAGAGCAUGCAAUAUAGUCGAGAGCUUCGUCCCAGACCCCACAUGGAAGAACUUCCAGAGACCGUCAAAGGAACCUGAUGCGUUAGGAUUCGGGUUCCCAAGGUUCGUUUCACACGAGAUGCUCAAAAAGAGGAAUUUUGUGAAAGACGACGUUAUGUUCCUUAGGGUUAAGGUCGACCCGAGCAAAAUCGUAGCUGUUUAAAACUUUAAAUCCUCGUGCUAAAAAUGAUAUGGUGCAUCAACGCACAAUCAAAAAGUCACUGUUAUUUAGUAUUAGAUAAUUUAAAAGUCAUAGUUUCUAAGUUUUGUAAAUAUAUUCAAUUAGGUACUAUUUUUAGAGUUGUUGCGGGCAUUUUGAACGUUUUUGAGUUGAGCGGAGAACUAAUUUAAAAUGGCCUUCAUAAGAGACUGAUAUGUUAGUUGAGUCUUACUGCCAAAAAUUAAUAAGAUUCUUGAUGUAUCUAUCUGUAUUUUUUUUUGGUGAUUGACUAAAUUAAAUUAAAAAUAUAUAACUCCAUAAUAAUUACUUAAUUAAUUUACUUGAAUAUUUGAAAUUGAACGUUUCAAACUAUUUUUCUGGAAUUUUGGUUUCUAUUGAACUUUUUGUGAAUGGAAUUCAUUCGAAAAAAAUAUUGUAUCUAAGUAAUAACUACCAAUUCAUCAUUUUUGUUUGACAUACCCUCAAAUUUUUUUCUAUCAUAAUAUUUAACUUCAAAUUGGUUAAACACUUGUAAAUAUUUAGUUUUGUAGUUCUAUAAGAAGCGCAAACGCUGCAUUGUUAUCCUUUCACUGAAGAUCUCUUGAGUUUCAUUGCCGUUUGAAGAAAAUAACGGUUUAAACACUUUCGAAGGAUUUUUCUCUUUUGUCAAAUAAUAAUACAGGGCUUUUAGGGAAUUUACGUCAAUACUGGGAGUAAAUAAUUAAUUAUCCCCGUCUAUUAAAAGUUACUCAAAAGUUAAAACAAUCUUAUGUCUUAUUUGUCGCUUGUCACGUUUUUGUAAUUUUUUUCAUGCAACAAAAUGUCAAAAAUAUAUAGUUACAUAUAAUUAAUAUUGCUUAAGGUCCUGUAUAAAAUUACCUGAUAAGAUUUGUCAUACAACUAGUGCCAUAUUGUAAUAAAUAGGUAUUAUUAAUUUAUAAUACACACAUUUUUAUAGGACACUGCAAAAAUUGUGUGUUGCCAGCUUAUAACGUUCUGUUGCAUUUUUGUUGGCCUUCAGAGAAUAUUAAAGGCACUUUGAAAAAUGCACGAACUUCCAAAAAGUGGAUUUGAACUUUUAUAAUAUUCCCCCCCCC